CCUUCUGCAACAAACGGGUCUGUUUUGUGUUGUGGUGGAGUGAGCCUAACCACACGUAAGCCGUCUGUACGGUGUCGUGUGUUGUUUGACAGUUUUGACGUGGCAGGUGAACCAGACAGUAGGAAACCCGAGAAUGGCAGUUUGGCGAACCCUGGAAUGUUCAUACAAAGAUUUGCAGUUACUUCUCACUCUCAGUGGGGGGCAGUGCUUCAGGUGGCAAAAAAACGAUGAUGGGGAAUGGACAGGGAUCUUUGCUGAGAGGAUAUGGACCUUAAAACAAACAGAUGAAAACAUUUUGUACCAAGUUCAGUAUGCAGCAACUUCAGCUGCUAAGGAGACAAAGAAAAUAAGAAAUAAAGCAGUUGCAAGUCAGAAGAACAAUGAAGCUAGUUUGUUAAAAACAGAUGAGGAGCUUCUUCGUAAUUAUUUGAGACUUGAUGUGUCAUUAGAUGAAAUGUAUUUGAAAUGGUCAAAAAAUGAUCCAAACUUCAAAGAAGUGGCUGCCAAAUUUUAUGGUGUUAGAAUGCUUCGUCAAGAACCAGUUGAAAAUAUAUUCUCAUUUAUUUGUUCAUCAAACAAUAAUAUAUCAAGGAUUUCAAGCAUGGUAGAGAAAAUGUGUUUGCUUUAUGGCUCUGAGCUUGGAACAAAAAAUAAACAAGUAUACCAUGCAUUCCCCAAGGUUGACCGUUUAGCAGACCCAACAGUAGAACAGGACUUACGUAAAGCAGGAUUUGGAUACCGUGCAAAAUUCAUACAAAAAUCUGCUGCUAUGAUACUUUCUCUGGGAGGAGAAUCAUGGCUUGAGUCUCUCCAGUUAAAGCCUUACAAGGAAGCUAAAUCGGCUCUAAUGGAAUUGCCAGGAAUUGGUGCCAAGGUUGCUGAUUGCAUUUGCUUGAUGUCUUUAAAUCACCUUGAAGCUAUUCCUGUUGAUACUCAUGUGUGGCAGAUUAGUUGUAGAUAUUUACCUCAUUUGACAAAGUACAAAUCAGUAACAGAUAAGGUAUACAAUGAAAUUGGAGAUUAUUUCCGAGAUCUUUAUGGCCCAUAUGCUGGGUGGGCCCACACGGUUUUGUUCUGUGCAGACCUCAAAAUGUUUCAAGAUAAGACACAGGGACCCAAGAGAAAGGCUAGCAAUGUCCAAGAAAAAAAGAAGAUAGAGGAACCAAUUAAAAGUAAAAAGGGAAAGAAAACUGCAGUAAAAUAGAAUCAAAAUUUAGUGAUAUUGUUUUAGUUUGGGCUACUAUCCAACAGUAACACUCAUGUAAUUUUGAGUUUAGACGACUUAUAGAUUGAAAUACUUCUAUGCUGUUGUAAUUUGUGUUUUGAAUUCCUGAUAAACAUCAUCAUUAUUGUCAGUUUUUAAGGAUAAAUAUUCUUGAUUUAAAUCAGGUUUCAGGACAAAUUACAAGUUUUUUUCUUAUUUUUAAAAAAGAAGAAGAUUGCUGAGUAGAAAAUGAAUUGAAUUUUAAAUAUUUCUUUGAGUUGUGUUGAACUGUCUUUUACGUGUAUUAAACAACCUUGUUGAUCAGGUA